UGCCUGGAUCCUAUCAACACAUUUUUGUGUGAAAAAUGAAGUCGCCGGAAUAGCAUGCAGUAGUUGGACUUUAAAAUUUAACAGCAGUUGUGCACCAUUUAUCUGAUUUUUACCUCUACAAAUCAAAUACAUAAGUUUUAUGGCAGAGGGUGACGUCGUGGCUUGAUCUCACUGCAUUGCAACAUUGAAAACAGCAUUCACCAUGGCAGAUACUGAUUCCACCACGCUGGCCGCCAUCAACUACUACUGCCAGGAGAAACUCUAUCGCCACAUGCAGACAGUGGCGCUGGAAGCUAUCAAGAAAUACGGUGCUGACCCCAUCUUGCAGUUCUUCAAGACAUAUGGCCUCAUACUCGAAGACCGUAUCGCUGAGGGUAUGCGUGAGCUGGAAUCCAUCAAGGACAAGCCAGAUCUGAUCCUGUGCACCACCAUGGCGCUCAUGUAUUCCCACAAGAGAUGCAAGACGGUUGAUCGAGAGGCAGUCCAGGAUCUGGACGCCAAACUGAAGGAGGAGAGAAAACGGACCGGGGAGAAGGGUCUGUACUUUGCGGCUACAUUUCUGUGGCAUACAGGACGACACGACAAGGCUCGAGAGUAUGUGGAUAGAAUGCUGAAGAUGUCACAGGGAGCAAAACAGGGCCAGGUUCUUCGAGGCUGGAUUGAUCUGACCUGCGGCAGGGAUGCCUACGUCAAAAAGUCUGGCAAAUAUUUUGAAGAGGCACUGAGUGGGGCAUCCAAGGACGUAGAGGCGCUGAUUGGCAAAGCUCGUUACUUCACCCUGAGGCACAACUACAGCGGCGCAUUGGACCAGAUCAACCAAGCGGUGGUGUCCUACCCUGGGUUCAUGCCGGCACUGAUUGAGAAGAUGAGACUCCUGAUGGCGCUGCAGGAUUGGGACCAGACUGUGGAGACCGCUCAAAGGGCUUUGAGUCAACAGUCCAGCUGCCUUGAAGCCAUCAGAAUGGAGAUUCUACAUAUACUGUGCAGAGACGGAAAAUACGAAGAGGCUGUGCUUCGUCUUGGGGAGUUGAUUCAGUUGUUGGACCGGUUUGAGCCCAAGAAUGGCUACAUUUGCUGGCAUUUGUCACUGGUCUACAGCAGAGUGUGUGGUCGCAACACCCAGGUCCUACAGCAGACCACUACCAUGGUAGAGCGUGCGGUGGCGCUUGAACCAAACAACGCAGAUUACAAGACAGAGCUAGGCUACCAACUGCUCCUCAAGAACAAGCCGCGAGACGCCAUGAAGUACUACCGCAGCGCUAUGAAACUUGACGAGACUAGUGUUGCUGCCCUCACAGGCAUCAUCAAGUGCCAGCUUCUUGAGGACCAUCUUGACGAUGCUGAGCAGCAGCUGGAGUUUCUCAGCGAGAUUCAGGAAUCCAUCGGCAAAUCGGCGGACAUUUUGUUCCUGCGUGCCAUACUGGCCCACAAGCGAGCCAAGCCCACUGAGGAGGUAGUGGCCCUACUCAACGAUGCCAGCACCACCCACUUCACUGCAUUGAAGGGCAUCCCGCUGGGUAUCGACUACUACUCCCAGAUGAACCCAGACUUUGUGCUGGAGUUGGUCAAGGAGUAUCUGGCGUUUGCUCCCACGGAGCCCCAGGCAGCUGGCCAGCCAGUCAGUCCCAUCCUGAGCCGAUGUGCCUCCAUCCUAGAGCCCAUCACCAAGGCCAUGCCUGGCCUGCUGGAAGCCUUACAUCUCCUGAGUCGCAUCCGAUUCCUGUCCGGUCAGAUCGACAUGGCACAGAGCAGCCUCCAGCUCUGCCUGGAUCGAAACCCGCAAUUUUCUGACGCUCACCUACUCAUGGCCCAGAUUCAUCUGCAUGCUGGCAACUACAAGCAGUCCUCCCAGUCCCUGGAGAUGGGACUCAGCUACAAUUUUGAGGUGAGGGAGAUGCCGCUAUACCACAUGAUCAAGGCUAAGGCCCAACGCAAACUCAACCAGCUGGAUGAGUGCAUCAAGACGCUGCAGAGUGCCAUGCAACUACCAGGAGUCAAACAGAGGGCGGCCUCCGCCUCCAAAAGGGGUGGUAAAGUCCGUCCCAUCGCAGCCAGUGACCGAGUGUCUGUGUAUUUGGAGCUGGCUGAGGCAUACAGACUUACUGAUUCCCAGCAUGAAGCAGCGAAGGUGAUGCAAGAUGCUAUCAAUGAGUUUGGCGGUACACCAGAGGAGGUGCGUGUGACCAUCGCCAACGCUGAUCUAGCCCUAGCUAGGGGAGACACGGAGCUAGCACUGUCUAUGCUGAGGAACGUCGGCCAAAACCAGAGUUAUUUCAUUCAAGCACGAGUCAAGAUGGCCGACAUCUACCUGAAUCACCGCAAAGACAAACGACUGUAUGCAGGCUGCUACAGGGAGCUGGUAGAGAAGCAACCAAGCCCCGAGACCUCUUUACUCCUGGGGGAUGCCUACCUGAACAUUCAAGAGCCGGAGAAGGCCAUCGAGAUCUACGAGGCUGCCUUGAAGAAGAACCCGCGUGAUAGCGCCCUCGCCAGCAAGAUCGGCUCAGCGUUGAUUAAGACGCAUCAAUAUACGAAGGCCAUCAAUUAUUACGAGGCGGCAUUGAAGACAGGAGGGCAGGCUUUCCUACGUUAUGACCUGGCCAAUUUACUGCUGAAACUGAGACACUUUGAGAAGGCGGAGAAGGUCCUAAGAACGGCCCUGGAUCAUGAAUCGGCUUCUGACGUGUCUACCAUGAUGGACGACUGCAAAUUGUUGGUGAUGCUGGCCAAAGUUCAUCGCCACGCCAACAAGAUGGAGGACUCCAUGCUGGCUCUCACGAAGGCCCGAGACAUGCAAGCCAGGAUCCUGAAGCGUGUGCAAGUUGAGCAGCCAGACGCAGUGUCUACUCAAAAAGCACUCGCUACAAGCAUCUGUUCCCAGAUGGCAGAGCACCAUGCCACCCAGCGAGACUAUGAACGAGCCAUUAAGCUGUACAAAGAAGCCCUAGUCUACACGGACAGCGACGGUAAAGCCAUGCUGGAGCUAGCUAGGCUGUACCUGGCAACAGAUGAGGUGGAUGCUUGCCAACAUCAGCUGGUUCAGCUGCUACAAGGGGACAAGGAGAACGAUAACGCUACUGUGAUGAUGGCUGAUUUGAUGUUUAGGAAGGGAGAGUACGAUCAAGCAACGUUUCACUUCCGGCAGCUGCUGCAGCGGUCUCCUGAUCACUACGAGGCCCUGUCCAGACUGGUUGAUCUGCUACGCCGUGCAGGCAAGUUGGAAGACGUGGCUCAGUUCUUGGAGCAAGCUGAGAAGGCAUCGUCUAGAGCCGCCAUGGAUCCAGGCUUCAACUACUGCAAGGGACUGUAUGAAUGGUAUAUUGGCAAUCCCAACGUCGCCGUGAAGCAUUUCAACAUGGCCCGCAAGGAUAGCGAGUGGGGUCGUCUGGCCGUCCGUAACAUGAUAGACAUCUGCAUCAACCCAGACAAUGAGACACUGGGAGGGGAAACGUUUGAAACUGUCAACACUGACGCUGCGAGUGCCUCCGAAAAAGCGGACUCGGAGCAGAUGGCCGUAAGAACCGCCGAGAAAUUCAUCAAGGAAUUGAAACCUGUGCCAGGGUCGGACGACCACAAGAUCAUGGAGAACUACGUCCUGAUGGCAUCCAAGUCUAAACCCAACACGGAGAAAGCCUUGUCAUCGUUCAUGGAGAUGGCAACCAGCGAGAAGGAGAAUGUCCCCGCACUGUUUGGUGUGGCCACGGCUUACAUGAUACUCAAGCAGACGCCCAGGGCUCGCAAUCAACUCAAGAGAAUUGCUAAGAUGAACUGGAACCCGGUGGACGCAGAAGACUUUGAGAAGAGCUGGCUUCUGCUCGCCGAUAUCUACAUCAACACUGGAAAGUUUGACAUGGCAACAGAACUACUCAGGAAAUGCCUUCAACACAAUCAGUCAUGUUGCAAGGCUUACGAGUACUUAGGCUUUAUCAUGGAGAAAGAGCAGUCGUACCACGACGCAGCGCUCAAUUACGAGAAAUCCUGGAAGUAUGGUAACCAGAAUAACCCAACCAUCGGUUACAAGCUGGCAUUCAACUACUUGAAGGCAAAGCGAUAUGUGGACGCUAUCGACAUUUGUCACAAGGUCCUAGCAAGCCAUCCCAACUAUCCUAAGAUGCGUAAGGACAUCCUGGACAAGGCGCGGGCCAGUAUACGGAUUUGAGGAUGGAUCACAACAGUCUGGGCAAAACAGAAAGACAAGUUGCAAGGUCCCGAGUCUCACCGAACCAAAGCGUAUUUAUGGUCGACACAAAUAGAAUUUGGUUUCAGGCAAACUUUACGUAUCAAUUUUUCAUUAAAUGGAUUUUAGAUUUGUUUCGAAUGACUGCAACCGUUGAUCUUGUGCAUGUGGUCGUUCGUAAUUGUUUAAAACCUCACAUUUUGGAAUAAUUUGGUUCUGCUUAACUCUGGUAUGCCAGUGUUAAAUGAGUGUUUGAGUUUGAUAUUCAGGGAUGAUAUUGGGGUCGAAAAUUGAAAAUCCACGAACAACAUCGGUGUACGGUUCAUUCAUGUAUUUGCCGCAACAGGCACUCCUAAAAACUGCCCACUGCAAUUCUUUCAUCCCAGAAAAAAAA